AUGGAUCUACCUACUUCUAACUCCCAAUCUCAACCUUCGUCAUUCCCCCAACGUUCCACUUUCUCCUACUCGCACGGGCAAGAUUCUUCUGCAACUGAUGCCAAUACCGCUGCCAACACACACACAAACUCACACUCUCAAUACGACGACAGUUACCAUCAGUCGAACGCGAUUCACGCACCACAGCCGCAGCUUCUGUCGCAACAAACAGGUCGUUUCACCGAGGAAUGGGGAGCAGCACAACGCGGUCCUUCUGUCCUUCUUGAUUAUCCUGCGACUGGCGCAAAUAUGCAGCGUAGCAAUUCCGUUCACAGCUUCAUCACUGGUGAUGACCAGCAAUUUCCCUCACGUUCAAACACUCUCAAGAAGAAGAAUUCGGUGCGCCGAAAUGGGAGCCUCAAGCGUAGCGGUAGUCGCCGCAGCAUGAGGGCCGGAAGCGUUAGAAGUCUCGCUUUGCAGUCCUCCUCUGACCAUGAUGAGGCGCGCAGCGCUUUCUAUUGUCCGGUUCCUACGACAGGUAACCCGACCGACACCCUUUCAAACCGAUUUCAAAACUGGAGAAAGGUGCUCAAAGAUCUUAUUGCAUACUUCCGUGAGAUUCAAACACACUAUGAACACCGCUGCAAGUCACUCCUCAAGCUUGCCAAUGUCUCCAACAACAUUACUACGCCACCUGGGUUCCUGCAGUCGUCUGGCAUUGAUGAUGCUCUCCAAUUCCUACGAGCGUACAAUAAGAACGCCAUUCUCGAGGCCAACAAGGCCAAAGAUAUUGAAGAAGAUGUGAUUCUUGCUCUCACUGGAUUGCGAAGUGAUCUUCAACAGAAGAUCAAGGAAAUCAAAAAUCUUUCGGGCGAUUUCAAAAACUCAGUCGACAAGGAAAUGGAUCAUACUCGCAAGGCUGUCAAGACUCUUAGUGACAUUCUGGGACGAAAUGAGUUGGAUGAUGCUUCAACGACUGGCAAGCAAGACCCUUACUUACUGCGUCUGGCUGUUGACCGUCAGGUUGAGCGUCAAUUGGACGAAGAGAACUACCUACACCAGGCUUACCUUAACCUGGAAAAUUCAGGACGAGAGUUGGAAGCAAUUGUGGUUGGGGAGAUUCAGAAGGCCUACAAUGCCUAUGCUGGCAUUCUCAAGCGCGAAGCCGAUAACUCCUACAGCCUCGUUGGCGAGUUGCGAGACGGCCCAAUUGCCAUGCCUAAGGAUCAUGAAUGGAUCGACUUUGUGACCCACGACGAGAAGUUUGUUGACCCAAGCAUUCCCCUAAGGACGGCGGACCAGAUUCACUACCCCGGACAGGACCAUGAGGCAGCCCAGGAGAUUCGAGCUGGAUUGUUGGAGCGUAAGAGCAAAUAUUUAAAGAGCUAUACAGCCGGCUGGUACGUACUUUCUGCCACACAUCUUCACGAAUUCAAGACCGCGGAUAAGGCGCAAGCCCCUAUUAUGUCUCUUUAUCUUCCAGAACAGAAAGUCGGAUCGCACUCGAACGAAGGAGGCUCCUCGAACAAGUUCAUCCUCAAGGGUCGCCAAACGGGCGGCAUGCAUCGGGGACAUACUUGGGUGUUCCGUGCUGAAAGCCAUGACACCAUGAUGGCGUGGUACGAGGACAUCAAAGCUCUUACGGAGAAGACCCUCGAGGAGCGCAACCAGUUUGUGCGCAGCCAUUCUAGAAGCUUGAGCCGAUCAUCCCGACGAUCAGUUAGUAGCGAUGGACUGGUCGACGAGGAAGACGAGGAGCCGUUCACGGCCGAUACUGAAUCUUUUACCAACCCGGGACCAAGGCAACACGAGGCGACCCCCCGGCGAUCUCAAGCAGGUGGGCGGUUCCCAUCUGAUAUCCAAGUCAAUGCGCAACGUGGCUUACAGGCCCCUCAUUCGCCUUCUAGUGUAAGCUCUGGCUUCCAGGACAACAAGGACCCCGUUGUACCACCGAUCGUUACGGGUGCCCUUUCUGGUCCGGCCGCUGGAGAAUCGGAGCAUCAAGGCUAUGGCACUGUUCAUGAGACACCCAUGGACGAGAUGCCAUCUCAUGCUGCCAUUGCGAGCCAAAAAGCUCAUUACGAUGGUGUUAACCCUUAUACGAGCGAGCCUGUUCAUCAGACUCCCAUUGAGCCAUCCCCUCUCAACCAGCAGCAGCAGCAGCAAUAUCAAUCGCAGUAUGAACCACAGCAGCAACAGCAGCCUAUUCAGCUGUCAGAAUACGUUGACCAACACAAUGACCAUACUUUUGUUCCUGUUGUGGUCCCUCAGGGUAAGGAGGAGGAACGUGAUGACGGUUUCGCCAGCACUCAACAAAACCACUAUGAUGAAAAGCCUAACAACUAUACCAUGGCACCACGGGAGGAGCCGCAUGGCGGUUACACCGUCAGUGGAAGUGGUCUCCAGGGAUCAGCAUAUGAGCAAACUUCAGACGACUACCCAACAUACGAGUCACAGACGUCUUACGGCAACCAGCCUAACUAUGACCAUGCCAACGGUGGUGCCAAGAUCAACAACUACACAAUGACGACAGUUGGAGAAGGCUUUCCUAGAUUAGAUGGUGCUGCGACUCAAGAGCAUCAGCCAUUGGCGCGACAGGCCGAAUCGGUUUAUACAGAGCGCGAUUCUAUCUUGCUCCAGACGGACGAUGAAGAUGAUACCCCAGCCCCUAUGCGACCGUCAGGCGGCAACCGAACCGAGAGCCAUAACACGAUCUCAAACCUGCAUAUUCCUGGUGGUUAUCCUAAGGGCACUCAGGCAUAA